GGCCGCCACCCAUGACAUCUCUUGCAUAUAGCAGCGCGAGUGACCCUGAGCAUCGGGGAAAGUGCGCAUCAGUCAGUGAUCUGCCAGUGAGCCGUGAGGUCGGUCACAUGCUCCCUCUCCUCUCGUGUCGCGUCGCUAUAUCUCUCGGCUACUGGGUUUGCGGACAAACGUCAGUCAGCAGACGAUGAACGUCCUUGUAUACUCCGGCUCGGAGGUAGUCCAGGCGUCUCUCGACCACACCCUGUCCAGCCUCCGCUCUCUCCUCCUCCCGCACUACUCCGUCCAGCCGAUCACACCCCAAUCGCUUCUGUCUCAGCCCUGGCAGCCCAACUGCGCGCUGCUCGUGUUCCCCGGAUGCCGCGACAUCGUCCUCACCAAGUCUGCCUCGAAGAUCAACGAGUUCGUGAACAAGGGCGGCGCGUUUCUGGGCCUCGGGACCGGGGCGCAUUACUCCCUCAAGGGGCUGAAUCCCGAGCUGUCGGGUGCGGCGCCGUCGAGCGCGACCGCCGAUAUGAUGCUACGUUUCUCCGACAUGGCCUCCGGGGCGCACAUCUACCCGAGCUUCCAGCCCAGCGGAUCGGACACCUCCGCGCGCGCUGUAGCGAUCGAAACCUACGAAGGGGAGCGGAUUGAUCUGAUGUAUCAGGGCGGCUCGGGCGAGCUCUUGGGCGCAGAGGGUGAGAAGAAGCCGAAAGUGCGGGUUCUGGCGCGAUAUCUGGAAUCGGAUGUGCCGGGCGCUGCCGCAGCGGCUUCUUACGGUGUGGGGGCUGGGAAAGUCGUUCUGUGGGCAGCGUCGCCGGAAUUUCCUCUGACAGAGGAGCCAGCGUCGUCCGUUGCGCUGGCGUUGUCGCCGUCCCCUGCCACGCUCGACCUCGCCGAGGAACGGCGGCAGCUGGUCAUGCGACGUUCUCUGGUUCUGUUGGGUUUGAACCUUCCCGAAACAGGAGAAACCGCCAAUCGCCCUAUCGCACAAUACCUGGUUUCGCAUUUCCUGAAACCAGCUAUCGUAUCCGCUGUCACGAGGGCUUUGGGCGGAGUUGAUCUUUUCGAAGACGAGAGCGAUCAUUUCCAAUUGCACUCCUUCGAGACUGCGCAAAAUGCGCGCGCGAUUGCGGUCGCUCAGUCGAAUCCUUCGACCUGGCAGCCGAAACACAUCAUAGUCUGUGAUGGCCAACUGCCAGGCCCCGAGCAGACUCCCUUGUUUGACCUGACACUGUUCUUCAGCUCUCUCUCGGCUGCGAGGAAGAAGGAAGAACUGCAAGACGACCGUGAGCCUUGGUGCUUUGGGGACGCGUUGCUCUAUGGGGAAGUCGUCACCAGCACACAGACGAUGCUUGAUAAGUAAGUCCGUUGGCGGUGGUGGCCUUGCUCCGCGGCAGUGACUCAUUGACGAGUCAUCCAGGAAUCCGCGACUCAUGCACUCGC